CCAGAACAGCAGAACCCAUUCUAGACUUGGGAGCUGAGUAGAAGAAAAAGAAGAAGAACAAAGCGUAUUCAAUGUAAAUUUCAACUUCUCGGUAAAGCCCAGAAACAGCAACAGCAAAAAGGAAAGCAUAGAAGCUCAGCACCAUCUCUCUCUCAAAUAAAAGGGUGGAUUAUGGUUGCUGAAAGUUUGGUAAGAAUCACUAGAGUGGUUUCUCAAAAUGGGUCAGGAGCUUUUCUCUUUUUGUCCAACAGAAGCGAGGAGAUUGCUGUGGAUUGUGGGGAUGUUGUUUGCUUUGAUUUUGGUUCUCCAGCAUCUCGAACUUCCAUACGGUAGUCAUUUAUCAUCUGUACUUUCAGCUAGACAGGUUCCAGUGGAGAAUAAUAGUAGCUCCCGAGCUAGAGACCCAUCAUCUAAUGUUAAUAUGGUUGGCAAUGAGUCGAUAAUCAAUCGUUUGGACGAUACUGGUACAUAUCCAUCUCAUGAGAUAGCUAGCAAUAAUAAGACUUCUGAUUCGGUAUCAGACAGCAGUAAAGGCUCAGAAAGAACUUUAGAAAUAGAUGAGGAUGAAGAUGAAUCUGGAAGUUUGGUAAAGCAAAAUACAACAUUGAAUGAGAACAAUGUAAAGAAUUCGGAGACUGAUACUGCACAGUGGGGUAGAGAACCUGAAAAUUUGGUGAAGGAUAAUAGUACCGAUAUUACUCUUUCCAAAGUGAGGACUGAGAAUGAAAGUAGUACUACAGACCCAGGUGGCAAUUCAAAUGCCGGUUUUCCAACGACUCCACAUGCAUACCCACCUGUAGUUGUUGAAACAGAUGCCAGAGCUCCCAUUAUAUCUGUCGACUCAAACGUGACUUUAGCGGAGAGAGAUCAAACACCCUCUCCUGAAAAAACUGAAAAUUCUGAGCAACUACAUGGUGGCCUCAACGAAACAGGAAAGGAUUCUUCAGUGACCAGAGUCCCUGUAGUGAUCAAAGUGCCAGAGCUUUCAACCUUGGACGUGUAUACAAUAUCUGAUAUGAACAAGCUGUUACAUCAUAGUCGGACGUUGUACCAUUCAGUGAUACCACAAUGGUCUUCAUCAGCUGACCAAGAGAUGCAAGAUGCAGCAUCACAGAUUGAAAAUGCACCCAUUAUAAAGAAUGAUCCAAAUCUUUAUGCUCCUCUUUAUCGGAAUGUUUCCAUGUUUAAAAGGAGCUAUGAAUUAAUGGAGAACACUCUUAAAGUAUAUGUUUAUAGGGAAGGACAAAGACCUAUAAUGCACACACCAGUACUCAAAGGGAUAUAUGCUUCAGAAGGAUGGUUCAUGAAGCAGCUGGAAGAUCACAAAAAAUUUGUUACUAAAGAUCCUCAGAAAGCGCACCUUUAUUACUUGCCUUUUAGCUCUCGGAUGUUGGAGGAAAGACUAUAUGUGCAAAAUUCACACAGUCGUAAGAAUCUUGUACAGUAUUUGAAGGACUACUUGGACAUGAUUGCAAGCAAAUAUCCUUUCUGGAAUAGAACUGGGGGAGCCGACCAUUUUCUUGUUGCUUGCCAUGACUGGGCUCCAGCAGAAACAAAGGAAUAUAUGGACAAGUGCAUUAGAUCCCUCUGUAAUGCUGAUAUGAAGGAAGGUUUUGUAUUUGGCAAGGACGUAUCUCUUCCUGAAACGUACGUCCAGAAUGCUAGGAAUCCUCUCAGAGAUCUUGGAGGCAACCGUCCUUCCAAGAGGACAACACUUGCUUUCUUUGCUGGGAGCUUGCAUGGUUAUGUACGGCCGAUUCUGUUGCAGCAUUGGGAAAACAAAGAUCCAGAUAUGAAAAUCUUUGGUAAGUUGCCGAAGAUCAAAGGCAACAAGAACUACGUGCGUCAUAUGAAGAGCAGCAAGUACUGCAUUUGCGCAAAGGGUUACGAAGUGAACAGUCCUAGAGUGGUUGAGGCCAUUUUCUACGAGUGUGUGCCAGUGAUUAUAUCAGACAAUUUUGUUCCUCCGUUUUUCGAAGUUCUGAAGUGGGAGUCAUUUGCUGUUUUCGUCUUGGAGAAAGAUAUCCCGAAUUUGAAAAGUAUACUACUUUCAAUCCCAAAGAAGAGAUAUCUACAGAUGCAGAUGAGGGUGAAAAGGGUACAGCAGCACUUUCUGUGGCAUGCUAAGCCAGAGAAGUAUGACAUUUUUCAUAUGAUACUGCACUCUAUUUGGUACAAUAGACUCCAUCAGAUAAAACCCAGAUGACAUUCUAGUCCUGUAAAUUCUGUAUUCCUUGUUCUUUUCUUUUCUUUUUGGCGUUGUAUUUUCCAGGAAACAUGGAUUGUUUAAAUUAAUUUUUAUGUACAUGA